AAUCAAAGUGGUCGACAGCUUUUAUAAACGCGUGAAAGAAAACAAAUAAUAUAUAUAUUUUGUGUGACUUUUCAAUAAAUAAUGGAAAACCAAAGUAAAGUGAACCAAUCAUGUGUGGAAAAUGCAGUUAAACGAACAAUUGAAGGAACAAGCAAUGGAAAUAUCAGUAGCAAACAAGGAUUACCCUUUAAGUCAUUUAUAAGGAUCGUGCAGAAAAAACGUAGAAAAUUUCACUGUGGCUAUUGUUCGAGUAUUUUUGAAACUAAGGAUGCACUUACAAAUCAUAUGCAGACACAUGUCUUGCAAAAAUGCAUUUCCGUUUACUGUCCUCAUUGUCAGAAGAAAUUCUUGUUCAGGAACCAUAAAUUCUUGAUGCAACACAUUGAGAGUCACAAAAAACCAGGAACAUCAGAGGUUGUCCAGAAGGCCCCAGGGAGGUCUGAAGAGGACUCAGAUGGGGAUUAUUACAUGUGUAAUGAAUGUGGGAAGUACUUUACUCAGAAGAAAUUGUAUGAGACUCACUUGACUGUUCACAAGAAUGAAAAAUGUGAAUGUUUUUACUGUGGUAAGGUUUUUGGGGCAAAGUACUCCAUAAAGGAGCACAUGAGACAAUGUGUAAAACGGACCAAACCGGAAGAGAAAAUUGGAAUGCCAACAAAUGUACAAAUUCGUAAAUUGGAAAAUGGUUCAGUUCAAACGAAUUGUAUCUUUCAAUGUUUCUAUUGCAAGAAAAAACUAAAUAGCUAUGAUGAGAUGAAGAUUCACAUGAGGGAUAUCCAUAGGAAAAUACCACAGAGAAUAUGUCGAGCUAAAAUCAAUGGUAAUGAUACCUAAAAAGUAUGAACUUUAAUUUUCCAGAAAAGUUAAUUGUCACUCUUCUCAACAGAUGUCCUCCAUACUUGCACAAUCUGCCAGAAAUUAUUUGAAAAUGAGAAAACACUUAAUCAACAUCUUAAGUUUUAUAGCGACAAAGGAAUUACCCAUUGCCCACCAAAACCGAUGGAGUUUACACAAAAACAUGCUUUUGUAUGUUCAAAAUGUUUUAAAGUCUUUACACUACAGUCAACAUUGAAAAUGCACCUGCUGCGAUGUCAAAUGAUCGCAGUCGAGUGCAAAUAUUGUCACAUAAAAAUAAAAAGUGAAGAUGUUUUGAAAAGUCACGAGAAAGCUCAUGAAGAUUUGGAAGAGGCAUCUAGGGUAACAGUAAAAUCUGAGCCAUUAGUAAAAUCUGAGCCAUUAGUAAAAUCUGAGCCAUUAGUAGAAUCUGAGCCAUCAGUGGAAUCUAGGACACCAUUAAAAUGCUAUCCUCCGGCAAGCGGCCUUUUUCUGGAUUUGUAAAUCGUUACGAAAUGUAUUUCAAAAUUGAAGAAAAGAAGAAGAACAAAAUACUAGACUUGUUUUUCCCUCAGAGAACUGUGAAAUGCGUGAAAUGAGUUUGAGAUUAAUUUAUUUAAUUAGCCAAAAAUCCACAGAAACGCAUGGUUUCUGUUGUAAAAUACCACAGAUGCAAUAACAAUGCAAAAGCGUGAAAAUUCUUUAAGAACAUGUUUAACAAAAAUGUCUGCAGCAUUGUGGAUUCUGGUUAAGAGGUUAAUACACAUUGCAACUCAGAUUGUGCGCAGAUUGUAAGAGAAAUUUCUCAUCAAAGCUCGUUACUCUUUGGACAUCACGAUAGAUACCACGAAGAUUUUAAGUAUAAUCUGUCAAAUUUACGAAUAAGAAGUUAUAGAGGGAAAAUGUACUGAAACAUCAACAUAAGUAUCGUCCAAGCAGUACCAAAGGAUGUCCUUACUGUAACAAGAAAAUGGCUGAAGCAAAAGCAACUCUGAAAAAAAACAAGAAAAUUCCAUAGAGAUCAAGACCGAAAUUGAUACCAUGGAUGACCAAGAACAUUAUUUUAAGAUGUAAAUACGAAAAUGACACACAUGUAAAAGUCGAAAGAAUUUAGAAGAAUUGCAAAAAAAAUGAGAAUUAAUUUACAGAAAUAACCUAAGUAUUGAUUGUGUGGAAUUUUAUUGAAUAUAACUAUUGUUUAUAACGACAA